AAGAGAGAGAAAGGUCAUUGGAUACUGUAUUGUAUUAUACUAUUCUGUAUAGCAGUAGAAUUGUAGGAGAGAUAGAAAGAAGAGCAAGAAGGAAGAAGAUAAAAAGAAGAAACAUCAUUGAUAUGAUAGAAUGAAGGAGGAGAAAGUAGGAACCACAAUCCCUCCGCCUUCCCGGCGCCGUUGCUGCUUAGAUUUAUCACUUCUGCUCCGAUCUCUGUGGAUGGGCCAGACGGCUUCCAUUGCCGGAAUCCCAUCCGCGUCAAACCUCCGCGACACCAAUUCUACACAGAUUCUCAUCAAGAGCAGAUCCACGUCGUCCCUGAUCUUUCCGAUGCCCGGCGUCGAUACUGUUGAUGCCGACGCCGUUGCUGAUGUUGAUAUCCUGUCCGAUGGUGAUGGUGAUGGUGAUGGUGACUACAUCUCCGAUAUCCCCGACGAGUGCUUGGCCUACAUCUUCCAGUCCCUGUGUUCCCUAGACCGUAAACGCUGCUCCAUCGUCUGUCGCCGUUGGCUUCGCGUUGAAGGCCAGAGCCGACAUCGUCUCUCCCUUAAGGCUGAAUCCGAUCUCCUCCCCAUCAUCUCUUCUCUCUUUACUCGCUUCGAUGCCGUCACCAAACUCGCUCUCAAAUGCGAUCGCCGAUCCACCAGUAUCGGCGACGAGGCUCUUGUGCUUAUUUCUCUCCGAUGCCGUAACCUAACUCGCCUCAAGCUCCGUGCUUGCCGCGAGUUGACCGAUGCAGGCAUGGCUGCUUUCGCUAUCAACUGUAAGGGUUUGAAGAAGCUCUCUUGUGGUUCAUGCACCUUUGGUGCUAAGGGCAUGAACGCUGUCCUUGAUCACUGUUCUUCCCUUGAAGAGCUUUCCGUCAAGCGUCUUCGUGGCCUUACUGAUGGUUCUGCUGCAAAGCCUAUCGGACCAGGUGUCGCUGCGUCCUCCCUUAAGAGUAUCUGCAUCAAGGAGCUCUACAAUGGCCAGUGCUUUGGACCCUUGAUUAUCGGUUCCAAGAAUCUCAGGACCUUGAAGCUCUUCCGCUGCUCUGGGGACUGGGAUAAGCUACUCGAAGCAAUAGCGGAAAGAGUCACUGGUUUGGUUGAGGUGCAUCUAGAGAGACUCCAAGUUAGCGACGUUGGUCUUGCUGCUAUCUCUAAUUGCUUGGAUCUGGAGAUAUUGCACCUUGUUAAGACUCCCGAGUGCACGAAUACGGGGCUUGUGUCCAUCGCUGACCGCUGCAAGCUACUAAGGAAACUCCACAUCGAUGGAUGGAAGACCAAUAGAAUAGGUGACGAGAGCCUUAUCGCCAUUGGUAAACAGUGCCCUAACCUUCAGGAGUUGGUCCUCAUUGGUGUCAAUCCUACUUCUUUGAGUUUGGGUCAGCUUUCGGCCAAUUGCCAUAAUCUCGAGCGCUUAGCACUUUGUGGAAGUGACACGUUUGGUGACGCCGAGAUUUCAUGUAUUGCUGCUAAAUGCAUUUCGUUGAAGAAGCUCUGUAUAAAGGGCUGCCCUGUCACCGAUCAUGGGAUGGAAGCGCUUGCUGCUGGCUGCCCUAAUCUGAUUAAGGUUAAGGUUAAGAAGUGCAGGGGAGUAACUUGUGAGGGUGCGGAUUGGUUGAGGGCAAGUCGAGUUUCAUUGGCUGUCAAUUUGGAUACUGGAGAAGUAGAUAUUCAGGACGCCAGUGCUAGUGAUGGAGGAGCCCAGGACAACGGGCUGGACUUUCCUCCUGUGGUUAGUCACAUCUCAGCUGUUGAUAUGCCAUCUAGCAGUACUGGUAGGCCGGCAUUGUUCAAGGGGAGACUCGGGCUUUUUGCAGGGAGGAAUUUUGUGGCCAGCACUUUCAGGAGAUGGUCAAACAAUAAUAGCAAUUCACAGAGUAACUAGAGGAAAUGGACGUACCCAAGAAUGGAGAAGGGACCCCCUUCCUUCACACUCCUCUCCUCAAAAAAGGAAAGGAAAAGAAUGACCUUAUUUUACAUUGUUUUUUGCUGUACCAUUGUUGUUUUCCUUCUUUUUUAUAAUUGUGUGAUGUUAUUUAUUACCUUAAAUACUGAAUUCAUGCUUUUGGAAAUGGCUACUGCAAGAAAUUUUCUUCUA